AUUAUAGGCUUUCGAAAUUUUUUUGAUUAUUUCAUAAAUCUAGAAUGCCUAAAGUUUACUUUCAAAAUUUCUCGAAUUUUUAGUUGCACUCUAUUUUAUGAUAGUAGUCGCGGUAUAGAUGGCCAAAGUAGUAGAAGCAGAGGAAACUGCAGAUUUUGAGACUGCAAUUUCAGCAUGUGGCUUCGGUGUAUUUAAUGUUAUAAUUAUUGUCUGCGCGCUCCCCUGCUUAACAUCAAUGGUAUUCUCUGCCUCGGUGAUAUCUUAUGUGAUGCCAACGGCUGAGUGCGACCUGAACCUCAGCGUAAUGGACAUGGGAAUAUUGAAUGCGAUGACCUAUUCAGGCAUGAUUUUAUCAGCCAUACCGUGGGGCUUUGUAUCGGACACACUCGGUCGUCGCCCGGUUCUAAUCUAUGGCGGUUUCAUUGACGGUAUCUUCGUCCUCUGCUCGGCCCUAAGUCAAAAUUCAAUCCAAUUGAUGAUAUUUAAAUUCUUCGAUGGACUAGCUAUCUGCGGCCCCUUUGCGGUUGUCAUCAGCUAUCUGGCCGAGUUCCAUGGCCAGAAGCACAGGCACUAUAUAAUGUUCCUUAUCGGCUUAUGUGUUUCCGUUGGAGCAAUAACAUUGCCAUUACUGGCCUACUUAAUACUGCCACGGCACAUUUCUUUUAAAUUGGGAGCCAUGAAGUUUCACACAUGGCAGGUGUUUUUGGCUAUUUUGGCUCUGCCAACUUUUUUAAGUGGACUUCUGCAUAUCUUUCUGCCGGAAAGUCCCAAGUUUCUUAUGGCUCACGGCUACUACAGCAAAGCGUUAGAAUGUUUUCAACGUAUUUACGCAAUGAACAAGCGCACAAGUCGCAAAGCAUAUCCGAUCAAAAGUGUGAGUGAUGUCAAGCCAGAGCAAAUGGAAGAAAAUCAGUUAUCGGUGAUGCAGAGGUGCCGCAAGGCUAAGUUUAUAUUUUGUGAAGGACUAAAGCAGCUGAAACCAAUGUGCAAAUGCCCUUAUCUGGGAGUGUCUAUUCACGUUUAUCUGCUGCACUUUUGCCAAAUUAUGUGUGUAAACUCGAUUCGUUUGUGGAUGCCAAAAAUCUUUGCCACGAUGCACGCCUUUGAGGUGAGAGGAGAUGCGGAUCGGAGCAUGUGCGCAGUCCUCAAGCACAAUUCCGAAAUGAACUUCACAAAGGAGCAGAAAAGUCAGGAAUGUGACAUACAUCAACAACCAGGAUCCUACACUGACAAUAUUAUAGUUUCAGCCAUUGGUCUACUAGGAUUUUUAAUUGUUUUUCCCCUGCUGAGCUUUCAAGCAUUCGCCAGCCACAUGCUCAAGAUCAGUCUGUUUGUUGCAACAAUCCUCGUCGGGGGUCUGUACUUUACCAACUCGAGUCUCUCGAUGCUUCUUAUCUCUGCAUUCUAUUUAAUGGUCAUGGGGAUCUGUGCGUCCACUAUUAUGAGUAUGACUGUGGUAUAUUUUCCUACUUUGGUAAGAACAAUAGUUCUAUUAUUAAUUAUGACAUUCGGACGUUUGGGUUCGGUUACUGGUAAUAUAUUAUUACCAUUAUUUAUCAAAAUCAACUGUUGGGCACCUUUUGUUUGGCUUACUUUUCUAAUGCUGCUAUCAUUUGUAAUGUCCUUGUUCCUGAAAGUUAAUAUUAAACAGGCACUUAACUGACAACAAUGUUUUGAUAAAAUUUAGUAAUAAUUUAUAAUCCUAGAAAUUCUAUUGUCAAAUAUAGAAGAUAUAACAAAUUG